CACUCAGUGAGGCAUGUCUUCGCUCCUCCUUCUUCCCACAGGGGUUUGGAGGACAUCUCUUCCCUGCUGAGAGGCUGGACAUCAUCCUCACAGCCCUGGAAGCUUUACAAGACUCCAGCAUCCAUGACAAGCAGGGGGCCUGCAGCGUGCUGGACGCAGCCUUGGAGGUCCCUGACUACUGGCUGACAGAUGUGCCAAAGACCAUGGAGUGCAUCAGGAGAAACCUGGGCAGCAUCCACACGGCAUUGGCGCGGCAGUGCCUGGACUCCCUGCUUCUCCAGAUGACCAAAAAGAUGUCCAGGGAAGAAGUCAAGAACCUGCUGCAGUUCUCUCCGCCACGUGACAGCACUGACCUGGCCAUGUGGGAGGUGAUCCUGGCCAUGCCGCAGACCUUGGAGAGGGUUUUAAACAUCAUGAUGCAAGACUUGCCGCUGCGCAACUGGUGCACCGAAGUCACCAAAGACACCUGCAUCCGUCGCUUGGCUAUGCUGGCCCAGAAUCACAUUUCUGAGGAGGACUUUGUUAACCCAGUGCACCUCCAGAGCUACCUGAGGCACCCAAGACCAAUGAUGCGCUUUUUGGUUCUGAAAGGGCUCUGCACCGUGUCAGAGAGCCCUGAGAAGGCAAGGGAAAUUCAGGUCUUGCUGCCAGACAUCCUGGAGGCCCUGCAGGACACCAACACAGACGUGGUGCUGAAGGCCCUGCUUGUGCUGAAAAACGUGAUGGCUCAUGUGGAGAGGAGGAAGGCCAGUGGCCCGGCUCUGCAGCUGGCUGAGAAGCUCCUGCCAUUCUUUGACCACGCGUCCAGCCAGGUGCGGGAGCACUCCAUCUGCCUCUUCCAAGCCGUGGUGGAGGCUGUGCUGUGGCAAAGGAAGAAGAAAAUGAAGAGGACAGUGCGCAGGAGCCUUCUCCCACUCUACUUUCACAGGAGAGACCAGAGUGAGAGCGUAGCAAAGGUACAGAUCUCAGAGCUGAGCAGUUAUGUGGGCAAUGGUGUGCUGAUGCCACAGGGUUGCUCUGGGGGAUCACAGAAUUUCUAG